GGAAUUGAUUGCUUCAAAUGUGUGUCAAUGAACGGGGCCAACAAAGCCUGUGACGAUCCGUUUCACAACAACUACUCGACGGCCAUACUGGAGUCGCCCUGCAUGGGUGGCCGGAAGGGCAGGGACGGGCUGUUUCCGGCCACAUCGUGCAUCAAAAUUGCCGGUUACUAUGAUGACACCGGCGAAACAAUCACCGUUCGGGGCUGUGCUCUGGACAGCGGAACGUUAACCACCGAUACGGAAAUCAUUCGGAUGUCCCACUGCGGACGAUUCUUUUACGAUGAUAGAUACGUCCAUGGGUGCCUGCAGAGCUGCAACGAUGCCGAUGCAUGUAACCGCAGCCCGAGAGCAACGGGAGAUCCUCACCGGGUCCAAGGCUUACUCCAACUGGCGGCAGCAAGCCUGGUCUUGGGCUACGUCCUGCUCAACCGGCAACAUCUGCUCGGUGUCGGAAGCUAACAAAGUAGUACCUAGCCUCUUCAUCAUCACUACCGAGCGAAUAAUUUAUGAAAACAGUGAAACGUCGUAGCAUUUAGUUAGAUUUACCAGCCGACGGCCAUCUGCUUUACGAUGAUAAUACUAAUAACACUUAAUAGAAGUCCCAUCCCAUCCCUCACGAAAGCGUGGCACGUUCUGCACAUUUUGUAUAUGGUUACUAGCAAUUAAGAAAUUCACAAUGCCUGCGUCUGUGUCCACUGAACCUCAUCCCAUAAUUUGUAGAAUGGAACUCGCACAGCAGCUUCAAAUGGCUUCAAGGAAGUUACUCUUCGUCAAUGGUGAUAACGAAGGCGACACGAGCAGCAAACAAUGCUCUCUGCACGUUAAUCUAUCGACCAACAACAAUGAUAUGUUAGAAACACUAGUUAGGAAGUAAGAACGAGCAAAUGCCAAUGUUUGCCAGUAUCAUCCUACUGAAUU